AUGUCCGACGACGCGGCUGCUCAUGGCGCAGAUGGCCACCACACUGGUGAUCAUACAGUCACACCAAACGAGGCUCAACAGCCGCUGCUCGCCGACACUGACCAUGAUAUCCACAACCAUGUCGCUGAGCAUUCGGGCAAUUCCUCCAAUACCGCCAAUAAGGACAACAGGGAGGACUGGCAUUGGCUUGAAAGCUGGUCUUCAAGACGCGCGUCCACUUUGUCGUUUCACCCUUGUUCUUCGUCCGACCCCGUCCGAUGGCCUAGCGACUGGGCCGGUAGAGCCUUCGACGACCUUGCAGGGACCACAGUGCGCGAAUCAGCCAAGCGACGCCGUGAUACCGUGGACCUUGUCAUGUCGAUUGCUGAAGACAAGCCUUUCUACACCAGAACAGCAAAAGCGUGCUCUCCUUCCUCUUCAGACCGUCAAGGCCUCGAUACCCAAGACCGCAGCAUUUUCCAGAGCCGUAAGCUCCUGCAAGCAGUACAACAGCUGGCCUGGGCUGCCGCUUCAAACUCCAAGACCAAUAUCACCCCAGAGCAGAUACUGCAAGCUCUGCACUUGAACAACACUCGGAUCGUCAAAGAGUCUCACGAACACCGCCAAAAGAGAGACAACAACAGGGCCUUUGUGCUCGAAACGACGAUUAUGGAUGUACAGAGGUUUGUCCAGGCACUCGUUGCUAUCAGUCACGGCCUCGAGCAACCAGCCAAGAAUUUCCUGAACCGCGCGGUCGUGCACCACUUGUUGACAUUACAAGAGAUCUCGAGCGACGGCAGCACAGGAAGCACGCACUCCCCGUUCGACCUGGUCCGAAGAGAUCUACCUGGACGAGGAACUGCUCUCUCGGCCGUUGGCCACAGGAACUACUGUGGUGCGACGCGGCUUCAGUACACCAAUAGGCCCAUCGAUCUCUACGUCCUUCACGAAGUUUAUGGCGAGCACGAGCUGGACAUAACUAUGAAUAUCGAGCGGGGCCUCAACAUCAUCACUCUGGCCCAUCUGUCUCCAAACCAAAAUCACUCUCCCGAGAAGACGGCCUGUCGGCUGCCGCAAAGCUCAGAGACAAAGAGUCCUUGGGACUGGCUCACGCAGGAACUUGACACCAUCCUUUACCAGAUCACAUGGCGCUUGGAGGAAGAGAGAGUUGCAUGGGCAGGCACCUAUCGAUACGAGCCUGACUUGGCCAGCAACUCUGCUACCAACUCGUCGUCUAGCAACUUCGAUUGGGUCGAGGUUGAUGUCGACAUGGAAGAAAGAGUGCCCUGGAUUACCAGAAUCGAGUACGCGCUGGCUGGGAGGCGUUUGUCCUCUUCCACUCAAGUUCGCUUCAAGGCGGGCAAAGCAACCCCAGCUGAGCCCGCUGGUCCAGUGUCAGUCCUCAAGAAGUACAAUGUCGGUGGAACAGCUGACUUUUUUGCAGGCUGGACGUGCAAGUACGGCGAUCAUCAGCUUGCUGAAUGCUAUCGCCCGCGCAUGGGCGAGGACGACAGCAAAUGUGUCUGCACGGACUACCGUACCGACGAAGUCUCGAGCUACAGAGUUGGACUCUGGCCUGUGGAUGGCCAAAAUACAACUAACGUCUACCACAUCCCACGCGCUGCGAUCCGACUUGAUGGCAACAGUUACAUGGACCAAGGCGUUGGAGGCUGUCCUGCUCUCUUCCGGGCCGACGAGGAACAGUACGUCCCAGAGAUGGAGGCGUUUGGCUACAAGCUCAAGUUCACUGAGCCUGUACGCCACAAGAACGGAACCAUUCUCGACGAGGCGGAGCUCCGAUGGGUCGAGAAGGGGCUCAAGAUGAAGCGCAUACGCCAGCCCAAGGGCAAGUGGUAUUAG